CGAACUGCUAGGUUGGCAGGAGCUAGGACAGAGCAACGGGAGCUCACUCCGUCGCGGGGAUUCGAACCGCCAACCUUCCAAUCGGCAAGCCUAAGAGGCUCAGUGGUUUAGACUACAGCGCCACCCGUGUCCCACAUUCCCUGCCCCAGCAUGUUUUCCUAUCAGGUUUGUUGUGCAAGAGUGCCGGCCGUGUAUGCUGGGAUGUGAUCGGAUCCUGCUUGGAAACAGCAAGAGCCAAGAACUGCCCUGAAUCAUGCUCCAAAGUCACAGAACUAGUUUUCCACAGGUCUCCUUGAGGGAAAGACACAUCAACAGUGCAAACAGGUUUGGAAAGAAGAAAGUCACUCUAUUUUGGUUGUGUGUGAGAGCACAUGCAUUCACUCACUACUUUGUUGCUGGGCAGUGAUGAGUGCAGCUUGUAUAACUUCUAGGAAAUACACCCCCCCCCUUCUUAUGCAAGUGUUCUGAAGAGUUUUUCCCAAUGAAAUUCAAGGGGUGUGCCCACUUUGUUAAUCGUUGCAGCUGUCAGGAUUUAUAAAUUCUUCCCUGGGAAGUGCUGCUGGCAUGUUACGUUUCAGACUUUCCUGCUUUUCUCUAUAGCACUAUUUACAGACUGACCAGUGUUGGGCGAGAGAUUCUGCAGGUGUGAUUUUUUGCCUUCACUUUCUGUGGAAACCUGGAACAAUAAAAUAAAAUAACCUAGGCCAUUGUAUGAAAUGGAAUCCCAUUCAUUGCAACCCAAGCAUCCUGGAUCAGAUGAAAAAUCCAGAAAACCAGACAACAAAAAUGGACCAAACGGAGAUGAACAGAUAGUCGCAGAGAUCAUGGGAAGGUGUUUCUCCCCUUCGCUGAUAACCACCCAAGCCUGGGAAGGGUUCCAUUUUGUUGGCCACAAGAUAAAGAUCACAGAAUCCACUGACUGCUAUGGAGCUGUCGUCUGGCCUUCGGCUCUCGUUAUCUGCCACUUUUUGGAAACUAACAUGAAAUCUUAUAACCUGGUUGACAAAAAUGUCAUUGAAAUUGGAGCUGGGACAGGCCUGGUCUCAAUAGUAGCCAGUUUCCUUGGUGCACGUGUGGUUGCCACCGAUUUGCCUGAAUUGCUGGGGAACCUUCGAUACAACCUUGUCAAAAACACGAAGACCAAAUGCAAGCAUGAACCCCAGGCAAAGGAACUGUUUUGGGGGGUCGACCUGGAGAAGAAUUUCCCCAGGGCUUCAUGCCAGUUUGACUACAUCCUGGCGGCCGACGUUGUGUACCACCACCCUUACCUGAACGAGCUACUCCUUACCUUCGACCACUUGUGCAAGGACAACACCAUCAUCAUCUGGGCCAUGAGGUUCCGACUGGAGAAGGAAAACCAGUUUGUGGACAGAUUCAAGAAACUGUUUGACCUGGAGGUUAUAACUGAUCUCCCCAGCUUAAAUAUAACCCUGUUUAAGGCAAAGAGAAGGCAUAAAGCAAAAAGGCCUUCCCUUUUCCCAUCCAGACUGCUGGUUAGGUGAUUGUCAAUGCAUGGGUCUCUUUUGUUAGCCAGGAUUAGACCAUGUCUCAUUGGAUUGCUAGGUUUGAAUGUUUGAUACUGGUAGAGCACUCAAAUGUUUGGUCCCCGCUUGCAGUCCGACAUGAUACAACACAUCAACAGAUUCACGAUGGUCCAUGCACACCUUUGUUUGCACUGAUAAUGAGCCACAAUACAUACCUUUACAGUGGUACCUCGGGUUAAGUAUUUAAUUCGUUCCGGAGGUCCGUUCUUAACCUGAAACUGUUCUUAACCUGAAGCACCACUUUAGCUAAUGGGGGCUCCCGCUGCUGCCGUGCCGCCGGAGCACGAUUUCUGUUCUCAUCCUGAAGCAAAGUUCUUAACCUGAGGUACUAUUUCUGGGUUAGUGGAGUCUGUAACCUGAAGCGUCUGUAACAUGAAGCGCCUGUAACCUGAAGCGUAUGUAACCCGAGGUACCAAUGUAUAACUAUAUGCAGAUACUAAAGUGCAGGGUUAUUCAUAAUAUUGCUAUGAAUUUGUGGGAGGAGGCAGAUUCCCCCGUAAUUCCUUAUUUAGUAAAUGGUAGAAUUUCGCUAACGUUUGGAGUAUUAAGAGAAGAUGUAAAAAAAAACAGUGUAAAAAAACACAGGCUGAGCUACCAUAGUUCUUUUGUUCAGGAGAUUGGCUGACAGAGGUGCCAAAAAAGAAAGGCGUUGGCAGAGUUCAUUACCCUGACGAAUGGUGGCACGUUUAGCGUCAGACAAGAAAUGGGGUGGCGUCCCUCCCGCAACUGGGUGUUAGUAGCAAAAGACAAUAGCAGAGGUGGAAGGGGGAAGUUUACAGCUUGACUGGCUUCUGUUCUGGACCCAAUCUUCAUGAAGCUAUGAGGAGAUCAACAAGAGACACUCUUGGCAUGUAAUGUUCUGCACUCCCUCCAUGUAAACUCAGGUGUAAAUAAAUCGUAUU